AUGGCCGAGACGCUUCCUCUGACUAUCCUCAUCAUGGCUGUUGCCGGGGCCCUCGCUACCAAUACUACCGAGGCUACGGCGGCUAGAGCGGCUAGAGCGGCUAGGGCGGCUACGGCGGCUACGGCGGCCACGCCAGCUACGGCGGCUACGGCGGCUACGGCGGCUACGGCGGCUACGGCGGCUAGGGCGGCCAGGGCGGCUAGAGCGGCCACGGCGGCCACGGCGGCCACGGCGGCUACAGCGGCAACGCCGGCUACGGCGGCUACGGCGGCUAGGGCAGCUAGGGCGGCUAGAGCGGCUACGGCGGCGACGGCGGCCACGGCGGCUACAGCGGCUACGCCGGCUACGGCGGCUACGGCGGCUAGGGCGGCUAGGGCGGCUAGAGCGGCUACGGCGGCCACGGCGGCCACGGCGGCUACAGCGGCAACGCCGGCUACGGCGGCCACGGCGGCUAGGGCGGCUAGAGCGGCUACGGCGGCCACGGCGGCUACAGCGGCUACGCCGGCUACGGCGGCUACGGCGGCUAGGGCGGCUAGGGUGGCUCGAGCGGCUACGGCGGCCACGGCGGCCACGGCGGCCACGGCGGCCACGGCAGCUACGGCGGCCACGGCAGCUACGCCGGCUACGGCGGCUACGGCGGCUAGGGCGGCUAGAGCGGCUACGGCGGCUACGGCGGCCACCGCUGCCACGGCGGCUACAGCGGCUACGCCCGCAACGGCGGCUACGGCGGCUGCGUAAGGCGGCUACGGCGGAUACGGGCUCGGGUAAGCAGUCUGAAGUGCUGGAGGACUGCACUGAGGAUACGGCGGGUUCGGACCCUACGGCGGGUACUGAAGCUUCUACG